CGGACAGAGCAUUCAUAACAGUGGCAACUAUUGGAGGAAGUAAGACGCAAAUCGCGUUCGCUUUCUGUGCUGUGUGUGGCUUUCCCGUACGAAAUUGUGUCAAUUUUGCAGCGAAAUCCUUUUCGCUUGCUGGCUAAAGCAUAACCGAACAAUCGCAUUUACCGUGAGCAGUUUUGUCGAAUCGAGAAGGUUCACAAAUACUGUCCCUUCUUGAUACCCGUGCCCCAGUAGUUGGAAGCAAGUUGUUCGCGGCCAUCAUCGCCCUUGAGGAUCGAUCCGAGUGACAGGCAGUGUGAGUGAACGAGUGAAAAAAGAAAAAAAAAAUGAUGGCAAAGAUGAAUGUUGUGUUUGUGUUGGGCUUUGUGCUGGUGGCUUCCGCCUUUGCGACGGACCUUAGUGCAAAUGACUGCGAAAUCAACGUGGAGGAAUGUUCGCCGACCUACUCCAGCUUUCUGUCGCGUUCCGGCAAGACGGUGGAGAACGAUCUGAAGCAGUACACUAGCCAGCUGGUGGACAAAUCGUUCCACUUCCUGAUGAUGUCGUCCGCGUUCAACAAGCACAGCCUGGACCGCCCCGGGUUCGAGAAGCUGUACCGCAAGAUCAGCGACAAGGCCUGGGCGGAUGCGAUCGAGCUGAUCAAGUACCAGAGCCGCCGCGGCUCGUUCGGCCAUCUGGUGCAGCCGAGCAAGGGCGAAAACUACGGCAAGGUGCUGGACGUGCAGGAGCUGAGCUCGCUGCAGUUCGCGCUGGACUACGAGAAGCAGAUGGCGAAGGAGGCGCACGCCAUCCAUCGCAAGAUUUCGCACGCCCACUCGAAGGCCGGCUCGAACGGCUCGGACGACGUCUACCAUUACGAUCCGGACGCGGCCCACUACCUGGACGAGAACAUCAUCGAGUACCAGUCGGGUGUGGUGCGCGAUCUGGCUGGCUACGUGCACAACCUGAAGCACUUCACCUCGGCGAAGCACGCGGCCAACGAUUUGGGCAACCAUGUGUUCGACGAGUUCCUGGCUAAGGUGGAGUAAGCCGGGUCAGCGCGUUUGCUGCAGGGAGAAAGGUUGGCAACAGUUGUAAGCGAUCGCAUGAUCGUGUUGCUUAGAGCGCCACUCCCUUGGCUGAAAAAAAAAAAACAAACAAUGUAUUUGCAGAGAGUUUGAAAUAAACAUUAAAAUUCCAACAUGUGAUCCACAAAAUGGAAGAAAAUAA